CUUUUCUCCGCCUGUGCGGUUCAAGCUGUGAUCGUGCCUGCGGUGGGCCCGGCGGGCCAUCCCCCCUCCUCCUCCGCCGAGGGAGUGAAACUGCAGGGCAAGAACCACACCAUCAAUGGUGUCGUGACCUACGUCUCAAAACCGGCCAAGGGAAAAUACGAUCCCAAGCUCGCGUUGCUGCUGCUCACUGAUGUCUACGGACUGGGGUCCAUCGACAAUCCCCUGCUGAUCGAUCAAUGGGCUAACGCUGGCUUCCAAGUCUUUGCGCCAGACUUCCUCAACGGCGAUCCCAUGCCUCUGGUCGGCGGCAACAUCGAUACCUGGCUCCUCAACCAUGGAGAGGCGCAGACGACGCCACCCAUCUUGGCUGUCAUGGACGCGUUGAAAAAGCAAGGCAUCGAGCGCAUCGCCGCCACCGGCUACUGCUUUGGCGGCCUGUACAUCACGCGCCUCGUCCAAAACAACAGCGUCAUCGUCGGGACUAUGGCCCAUCCGUCCCUGCUCGAGGUCCCGAAUGACUUUGAUCUCUUGAAGGCGCAAUCGCAUGUCCCGGUCGAGAUCAACAACGCUCAACUCGACACCGGAUUCUCACCCACCGUCGCUGUCGCUGUCGACGCUCUGAUGGACGACGGCCAGUACCAGCCAGGCUAUGCCCGACAACAGUUCAACGGAGUCGGACACGGCUUUGCGGUGCGCGUGGCCAACCUGUCCGAUCCCGUCCAGGUCGCUGCGAAACAGGGCGCAUUCAACACAUCGCUUGCGUGGAUCCAGGAUCACCUCGAUAGUUAUUAG